AUGUUAUUGACUAAUGCAUGGGCUAUACACAGGGAUCCUAAGAUAUGGGAUGAUCCAACGAAUUUUAAACCAGAGAGGUUCGAGAAAGAAGGGGAGGCUCAUAAGCUAAUGGGGUUCGGGCUAGGAAGAAGGGCAUGUCCUGGGUCCGGUCUAGCUCAAUGGCUAGCGAGCUUGACUAUCGGGUCUUUGAUUCAAUGUUUUGAGUGGGAGAGGGUUGGUGAAGAAGAGGUGGAUAUGAGUGAAGGUGGCGGAGGAGUCAUAAUGCCCAAAGCUAUACCGUUGGUAGCCAUGUGCAGAGCACGUGCCUUUGUUGGUAAAAUACUCAACGAGUCCGCUUGA